AUCACCAUGUUAACAAUAAAAUUAAGUUUCAAUGGACGGGAAAAUAUUUAGACAUGAAUGUAGAGUAUACGAACGAGCUUGUGCAGACCAUGAGAGAGACUGGAUGGAUUAUUAUAUGGUCAAGACACCUUACUGGGAUGAUGUAGAGGCUGUACUAGAAAAAAGAUAUUUGGAGGAGAACAAUGGAGACAUAGAGGCCUUCAAUGAACUCUGUAAGGGAUGUGGGUGAAGUUACUUUACAUAUGAAGAUAUCAAAGAUGUUGUCAAAGAUUGUGUACAUAGGUAUGAAGUGGUCGGGAGUCGUGGAGUGGAACAAGCUUAUUAUGAUAAUUUAAUGGAUGAAAUACAAAUUAUUGAGUUUUAUGAAAAUGAACUGAUUGAAGAAUACAAGAAAUUUUGUAAAGAAAAUAACAUAAAAGUGGAAAAGAACACCAAAAAGAAACCCAAAAAGAAGUCUGGAGAGGAGUCUAAAGAAAAGUCCAAAAGCAAGCCCUCUUCUCUCACUCCACCUUCUCCCUCCUCCCAAGAACCAGAACUCUUCCAAGAACUCCUCUCCCUCCUCUCCUCAAGCACCUCCCUUCCCCGCUUCACCUCCCCUCACCUCUCUCCUUCAGGCCACACAUACUCCAAAUCCGAAAUCCCCCUUCUCCACACCUCCUCUCCUCCUAACCCCAGCACCCCAAACAUCACUCGGCCACAUCACCUCUGCCAUAGCGUAAUCUCCCUCCUCAAGAAGUACAUUUCCCCACUUGAAUAACCCAUCCAGU